AUGUUGAGUGAAACAUGUGCACAUUUUUCAGAUGUCAACAAGAAUGAUGAUCACGUUGAUGUCAAUCAAGUGGAUUACAUACCUUCCAUUGAAAAGUUAACAAAAACGUGCAAUUAUUCUAUUGAAAUAGCUUUGAUUCGUGUAGAACUUUGGAUUAGAUCACGUUUAAAGCAAUGGAUCAACCACCUUUCCGAAUCAGUAAAUGGAACAAAUCGAUUUGAAAUUUUAUUAUGUUUCUAUGAGGAAUAUCAGAGUAUAGCCUUAAAUCAUUAUUGGUCCGAAAAGGGUCUAACAGAUCCGAUAGGUUAUAGUCGAUUUAUAUUAACAGCUUUGACGAUUAUACGUUCUAUGCAUCAAAAAUUAUGUAAUGAUUCAAGAUUUGAACGACUGAAAUUACAUUCUAUUGAUAUUCCCAAUCUUAUGAAGCUGUUCGAAUUUUUUAUUUUACCAAAUCGUGAAGAUAUGAUUGAAACGCGUGAUCUUUACAAUUAUUUUCAUCAAUUCAAUAAUAAAUUAUAUCCGGAUCUUUUGACAAAUAUACAUUGUUUUAAUGCAUUUGGUGUAUAUUAUGCUGGUCAAUCGUCAGCGAUGAAUGAGAGUAUACAGGAAAUUAGAGUUCAGAUUGAACAAGACAAGCAAAACAAAAUAGACGAAGUGAACAAAAAGAAGCAAAGAUAUAUGGAACUAAUAACUAUAGUAAAUACUGAUUCUUGCGAAUGUAAUGUCCACGGUCAAAAUAAUCGAUGUCAUCGAUGUGAAAUUCAAACAGAAGCUAACAACAUUAAAGCAGAAAUCUAUGAAUGUCCAUUACCAUCCAGUCUGGAAGGUACAUUAGCCGUUAUUUUUGAAUUACAAAUGCCAAUUGAAAUCCGAUGUUAUAGAGAUAUUCUCUGGCAGUUUGUUAAUCGUCCUAAUCCAAAUCUAAAAAAUGAUAUGUAUGAAUGGUUAAGUGAUCGUGUUCCUUACCAUAAUAAAAUAUUAAGACCGUACUAUACUGGUUCUCAUGACUAUAAAGUAAAAUUAGUGUCGUCGACAAAAUCCAUGAAGCAAAGUCACUAUUCUACUCUACCAAUUGCAUCUGCAUCUGUCGAAGACUUUUUAUUUGAAAAUGGUUUGAAAGUGCAAAUUUCUCCAAUAAAACCAAUUAAAUUUGAGAAUGAAUGCCAUAUAUUAACAACUCAACUUGAUCAUCCAGAUUACAAACAGUUACAAUUCACUAUUGAGAGUACACAGUUCGUACAAAAUCGUGUUAUUGCUCAACUAUCCGAUUGUCCAUUACAAAUGAAUCCAAUGCAGUUUGUGGAAUUUGGUUCAUUUCGAUCAGGUGAUCGUUUACAAUGGUGGAACCUAUUGAUGAUUUUUGAAAUGAAUUCUUUACCUAUUGCUGAAGAAAGUGUAGCAAUAUUAAUUAUACAUUCUAUGUUACAAUAUGGACCAUUAACUGCCGACACUGAUGAUUUAUCUCAUCACUGGUGUUCAAAUUCACAUGAACAACUAUUGCAAGAUUAUUUUGUUGAUGAAUUGAUUUCGAGAUUAGAUCAUCAUUUGGAUGAGUGUAAAUUAAAUUGGCAAAAUGAAUUAGUAUUACUGGUUAUCACGAUGAUUACUAUGAGAGUAUUUACAAUUUGUAAUUCAACAAAAAUCAAUAAAGUCGCUGAUUUGGCACUAAAAUGUCGUCGAAUUGGUAUACAAUGGAUUAAUCUCAUUUCAAAAAGUAUUCAAACUAUAUCUUCAUCAGUUUUUGACGAGAUAGAAAAUCUUCGUCUUAAGAUGAUCAAUAUUGGUAUUUCGUGUCUCUUAACCUUUUCAACUCAUCAUGGUCGAAUCAAACAUUUAUUAUCAUCCAAUGAACAUAUCAUAUCAUUACUCAAAGCAGCAACAACUAUUCACGAUAAUAUUAUUUUAAGUAAUAAUCAGUCAAAGAUGAGUAUUUUCAUGAGAAAUAUAAUGAGAUUUAGUGAACAUGUUCUAGUAAUGAUACAGCCAACCGUUGCCAGAGUUCUCAAACAAACAUCAUAUCAAAGUUUAAAUGAAUUUACAGCAAUCUAUUGGUCAGUCAUCAAAAGCGGACAUACGAUGAAAGAACAAUGGAAGAAACGAAAAAUGGAUAUCUACGAUGGAUGGUACGAUUGUUGCUAUGAAUCAAAGUGCAUAUCAAUAGAUUGUAUUAAAGGAAAUUUUUUAAUCAAUAAUAUGGGCAUAGGUUUUUUACAUGAAAAAAUUACCUCUAAUGAAUUAUUUGUACGUGUAUUUGGUAAUCAGAUUUUUGAAGUUCAAGCAGUCGAUCUAUCGAAUACUUAUAUUACUAAAUACUUGUAUCAUGGUGCUGAAAGAGUUCAAUAUGAAUUUCAUUUAAAUGAUGAAACAAAAUGUUUGACAAUUACAGAACGACAUAUACGAACCAAAAAAGUGUUUCAAUUGAUUCCUCAUAAUUGUUUUGAAACAGAGCUACCAGAUGCUUUUGUUUCCAAUUACAGUCAUUGGUGGAAUCCAAAAGAUCAGAAAAUUGAAUUUCGAUCGGUUCAUUUUAAAGAUCCAGAAUUUUUAAAUGACAAAUCCUAUGUGCUAUCAUUAAAAACAGGAUACCUUAUGUCUGCUAAAGUAAAGGAUACGCAAACUUUAGUUAAUCAAUCAUCAACAUUCUUUCACAAUUUAUUUAACUGGUAUUUCAUUCGUCUUGAUGAUGCGCCUUAUGUCUAUAUGAUGAAAGAAAAUUCAGCUUGGAAGAACAAUAUCAUUCACAUUCAUUUAUCUCGUUUAGGAAUUGCUUUUCAAUACGAUGCUAGAAAUAAAAUCAUUACAUCUCGUGAAUAUUCAAACAUGUGUAUCGACCAAAAUCAAUGGUUAGGUACAUUAACGGGAUUGAAGUCUGGCCUUGUUCUAUCACCAUCAUUCGUAAACAAUCAGAGAGUCACACAUUAUCUAUAUCGAAAAUUGAUCGUACCGUUCGGAGAAAUUCAUAGCACAGAGACUUCGUACACUGACUAUCAAACCAUUACGAUACAACGACCACCAUCGAUGUCAUUUUCUCAUCAAUAUUUUGUAUUUAUUAUGAACGAUCGAUUAAAAAUUCUUCAAUCAACCGAUAGUCCAACUGGUUGGCUUUAUUUAGCAUUGUUACAUGCGAUGACUUCUCAUCCCUUGCCUGAUCAAUAUACUCAAAUGACUGGAAUGGAGCGUGCCUUUCAACUAUUAAAAUUAGCUGGUUGUUGGUCAGAUCAACCUUUCGAUACUCUUUGUCUAAAUAUUCUAGCUCAAAUUGCCGCUAUUUCGCCAAGAGUAAAUUAUUAUCCCGAAAAUCUCACUUGUAUGGUAAAAAUUGACUGGAAUUCGAAUGGUAUACCUUAUUCAAUGCAACAUUUUGGUUAUUAUUUGAUAGCAAAAAAACUAAUCGAUACUAGUCAACAAAUGUAUUUUAUGUAUCCAUCGUUUAUCCGCAAUGAAAUACCAGAAAUAUUCGUAGGAACAUCAUACAAUGAAAGAUUGUUAACAAAACUAUAUUGGGAUUAUCGUGAUUCAUACAAUCCUCUGGCUCGAUUAUCAGCAGAAAUGAAUACCGAUAUCUUGCGUGCUAGUUCAGUAAGUUUGUAUCGUCCAACAUGGAAGCAUUGUUCUCAUGCGAUUAACGACAGUACGGUUUGUCUUGUCAACGAUUUGUAUGCUAAUGGUAAUGUAAAUCUUAUAGACUGUUCACAACAGCAUUGGUUACCAUUAUCUAAAUGGCUGGCAAAUGAUCAUCAGUUGAAAAAUAUAUGGAUUGGUUUAUUAAAAUUAGCUAAUUGUAUCACGACAUCAACAAAUGGAAAUAACAAAGAUGAAAGAGAACGAUUUGAAAAGUUGAUAGACUUUCUUCAUUACAUUUUUGACGAACAUUGGGAUAAUUCGUUUUAUUUGGAAAUGCUUAGAACAACGUUGAAAAUGCCUACGACAAUGUCGACAUUUGCCACAUAUCCUUCAUUUAUUAAAUAUAUUAACAUCGAAGAAACUUCAUUUAUAAAGGAACGUAUCAAGUUACCACGUAAAUAUGAACUAAACAAACGAAAUCAAAUUCUAGCACAAAUCGAAAAUUGUUUCUCCCGCGGUUCAAAUUAUGAAAACAACAGCAAAAAACGGAAAAAGUCUACUGAAGUAACUCAAAUCAAUCAGUUAUUAACAUCAUGGCAUAAUAACAGAAAACUUCGUUCGUUUUUAGAAUUCACUCAAAAUCAAUUCUGUUCUAUUACAACAGAACAGUUUCCUAUCAAAUUAUCAUAUUCUCCUCAACAAUUUACAAUUGAAUCAAUUGAAGAUCAUCAUCAAAUACAAGUUAAACCCACAGAUAUAUUAAUCGAUCAAGAACUCUUACAAAUUGCUGACGAAAAAUUUCAUCGUUCUUAUUCACAUCACUUCAAAGAACAACUAGUAACUUUUUCAACAGUUAAUCGACAAAAUGAAUUUCCACAGGAGAUUUUUUCUUCUGCCAAUGAUCAGGAUAGUCCGUUUAGUAAUAUUUCGAAUUAUUUUAAAAAUCAAUUAGCUGAAAGUUGGAGUAAACUUUCGUUAAACGAACAAACAGAAAUAGAAGAUCCUCUAAUUGAAGAAAUUAUUGAACUUCACAAUUCUUUUCAACAAAAAUCUCGAAAACUUUGGAAUGAAUUAGUAGAAUCUAUUAUGAUACCUACUGAACAACUAUUCAAAACAGGUUUGAUCUCACGAAUUACACCUACAACUCUCAUUUCUUACUUCCAACAAAAAAUAACAACACUUGAUGUAACCACUGCUCAACCAACAUUACUAGGUGGUAUUCUUGUCUAUUGGACAUUAGAACAACAACUAGAGAGAGCUUUGCAUUUUGCUAUUCAUAACAAAUGGGAAGAUUUCACUAAAGAAAUAUCAAAUACACCCCAUUCAAAUUGGAUACCAUCUGAACAUGUUUCAUGGCUAAUCUUAGAACUAGAAAUGAAUAUAACUAUUCGAGCAAUUCAGAUAAACGUAGCACGUCAUCUGAUGGAACCCAAAAUGACUAGCAAAGAUGAUACUAAAAUGAAAACUAUAGUAAUGCAAAUGAAUAUGGGCGAAGGAAAAACAUCCGUCAUUCUGCCUAUGUUAGCACUUAGUCUAUGUUCAUCUCCUUCAUGUCUAGUUCGUAUUAUAGUACUGAAAUCAUUAUUUUCAAUGAAUUAUCAAUCAUUAAGAUCUAAAUUAGGUGGUUUAUUGAAUCGACGUGUUUUUCCAUUUUUAUGUCGUCGGGAUAUAAAUUUUACCGAACGACGACUAGAUCAAAUUUCCAUUCGUCUUGCUCAAGCUAUACGUAAUUGUGAUAUCAUACUAACAUCACCAGAAGAUAUUCUAUCAUUUGAAUUACUAACUAUUGAUAAAUGUCGACGACAUGAAUUUCGUAUCGCUCGUUCUAUGUUAACACUUCAACGCUUAUUGAAAAACUAUACUCGUGAUGUAUUGGAUGAAUCCGAUGAAAUUUUACAUGUUAAAUAUCAAUUGAUUUAUACAGUCGGUGAUCAACAACAAGUCGAUGGAGGUGCAGAAAGAUGGUUAAUGAUUCAAACAAUACUUGAUUUAGUUAAAAAAUAUGCUGCAGAUAUUUCAACAAAUUUUCCUAAAGAAGUAUGUUAUCAAUCAUCUGAACGAAAAAGUAGUUUUCCACAAUUUCGUUUACACUCAGAUAAACCGUUCUCAUUACUAGCCAAAAAGAUUACUAAUGAUUGGAUCAACAAUGGAAAUUAUCGACAUGUAGAUAAACAAAUAAUCUUGUCGUUCAUCCUAGAAAGAAAUUCAUCAGUUGACGAUCUAGUUAAGAAAUUUACAUUUCAUGAUAUUCAAUUAUUUCUCAUCAUGCGUGGUUUAUUCUCAUCAGAAGUGUUGUUAGUUGCUUUAAAACAACGAUAUCGAGUUAAUUAUGGUAUUAAUACAGAUCCAUAUUUUAAUCGUUUAAUGUCUGUACCAUUUCGUGCAAAGGAUGUUGUUGCUGACAGAACAGAAUUUGGUCAUCCUGAUGUUGCAUUCGUAUUAACACAACUCUCCUAUUAUUAUUCUGGUUUAAAUGAUCAACAAUUGAUUCAAUGUUUUAAUCGUCUAAAUAACGAAGAAACUGAUCCGAUAUCAAUUUACCAUCAAUGGCUUUCAUACGACGAUGAUUAUGAUAUACCGACUAGCAUUCGACAAUGGAAAGGAGUUAAUUUAAAAGAUUAUCAACAAAGAAUUCAAGAUCUCUUUCCAACAUUUCGAUACAAUAUGUUAGUUAUUAAUUAUUUUCUAAAUUAUUUUGUAUAUCCUCGAGAAGCAAAACAAUUUCGACAUAAAUUAAUUUCAUCACCAUGGGAUUUAUCUUCACCGGAUCGAUCAAAACUUAUAACUGGUUUUAGUGGAACGAAUGAUACACAAUUGCUACUUCCUACUCAUAUUCGUCAAUAUAAUUUGCCUGAACUUCAGAAAACUGAUGCUAUUGUUGUUAAUAAUUUAUUACAACCUGAAAAUGAACAUUAUCAAUCAUUACCAAUGAAUGCUAGUUCAAACGAAAUUUUACAUCAAAUUAUAAAUUACAAAGACACGAUUAACGUUAUUUUAGAUGUUGGAGCAUUGUUCAUUGAUAAAACAAAUCAAGAUAUUGCUAUUCAAUGGUUAAAUUUAUCCGAUAAGAAUACUGUUGAUUAUGUUGUUUAUUUUGAUUCUGAUUCAGUAUUUGUUUGUAAUCGUCAAUACCAUCAUCAUCGUUUUGAAACAUCUCCAGCAAGUGAACGAUUAGAUCAUUGUAUUUUUUAUAUAGAUGAAAUUCACACACGAGGAACGGAUUUUAAAUUUCCAUGUAAAUUUAAAGCUGCUGUAACACUUGGAAACGGUUUAACAAAAGAUCGUUUUGUUCAAGCAUGUAUGCGAAUGAGAAAAUUAGGAAAUGGUCAUUCAUUGACAUUUUGGAGUUCAUAUGAAGUACAUCAACAGAUUAUAACAUCAAGAACAUAUUCAUUCGAUCAAAAUCAAGAAGAAGGAAAUGUUCCUCAUCUCAUUGAUAUUCUUCGUUGGGUAUAUAGUAAUACGAUCCAAUCGACUUGGGAAGGAUUACAACAUUGGGCGAUACAAAGUUUAAGUUUUCAACGAAAACUAAAUGCAUUUUGGAUUAUUAAUUGGAAAAAUCAACAACAAUUGUUUACAGAUAUAAUGAUAAAAGACUUAGCUAGAGAAUGUUUAGAAUCGGAAAUGAUCAAAUUAAUACAAAUGUACGGUACAUCUAAAGUAUCACAAACAAUAGAGAAAAUUUAUUUGGCUCAUUAUCAACAAUGUAAACAUCAUUUGUCAUCAGAAAUUCAUUAUGCUGUAUUAAAACGAUUGCAAGAUUAUGGUGGAUCAAAACAAUGUCUAUCACAAUUGUUAGAUGUAGAACAACAACGAGAAUUUGAACAAGAACUUGAACAAGAAUUAGAAGAAGAACGACAAUUGACACGUCCUGUACAUGCCACGCCAUGUGAACCUAAGCUACACAAUGAAAUUAAGAAAUUAUGCGAUAUGGAUAGAACUAUGUUGAAUUUAGCACAGUUUCCUGAUGUAUUUCAGCAUUUACCAGAAGCCUUCAAGAACACCACAUUUGCGAAUGAAUGUCAACCAGAUGCAUGGCAGCGAAACUUCUGGAUAUCGACGGAAUUUCAACAAGUAGUUCAGACUCAAGGAGAAUCAUUAGAUCUCUUUCUACGUCCUCCACGAUGGAUUGUAGUUUAUCGAAAUCAACAUAUUAUAUUUGUCAGUGCUUUUGAAGCUAAUUGGUUAAUUAGACAUUUGCAAUCUAGUAUAUCAUCGAUCACUACAUUACGUUUGCUGUUACCUCGUACGAAACGAGGUCAAUCAAUCUUUGUCAAUACUCCUAGACUAACAAUUCCUCCGUCGAUUGCAUCGUCUGAGAGUACUGCCAUGUAUGUUAUACCAAUAAAACAGUUAGUCCAAUUAUUUAUCUUUAAUGGUACUCUUUACUUUGAAACAGUUGUUGAACAAACAGCUUAUUGUCAAUGUUUAAGUUUAUGUCCUAAACCUCGAACAGCUGCAGAAGAAAAAGCUUUUGAAAAGAAUUGGAUUGCUGUUGAUGGAUUUGUAGAAAAUCCAAAGUAUCGUCGUCGUUUGGAAAUUUAUCAAACUCGGAUCGAUUGUAAUCCACUAGCAUUCGUUCGGCGACUGAUUGAAAAUCGAAAUAGUACACAUGUAUUGAGAAUGUCGCAUGUUGGUAGUAUUGUUCUCAAUUCAUUCAAACUUAUGUAA